AUGGUCUCCGGCGGUGGUCACAGAUUAUACGUGAAAGGCAAGCACUUGUCUCACCAACGCGGAAAGCGCAACACAAACCCCAACACCUCUCUCCUUAAGAUCGAAGGCGUCGAAGAUACCAAUGCCGCAAAAUUCUACCUAGGAAAGCGAGUCGCGUUCGUCUACCGAGCCCAGAAGGAACGACAGGGCAGCAAGAUCCGAGUCAUCUGGGGCAAAGUCACCCGGCCGCACGGAAACUCAGGCGUCGUCCGAGCAAGAUUCGUCCACAACCUCCCUCCCAAGAGCUUUGGUGCCAGCGUCAGAAUCUUCCUGUACCCCAGUUCGAUAUGA